AUGAGUCUGAAGCGCAUUCUGGUCCUGGGCGGCGCACCGGCCGUGCUCGGUGCGGCAUGCAGCAAGGAUUACACUCGCAACGGGCUGGUCUGGGGAGACGCCAUCCGGCUGAACCAAAUUCAAGUCGUCGGCACGCACAACAGCUACCACGUCGAGGCGCCAGACGAGGAGAAGGCCCUGAUGCUCAACCUCAGCGCUGACACCCAGGACCUGUUUUACGGACACCCUCCGCUGGAAACGCAGCUUCAGGAACAACAUGUGCGAAACCUGGAACUGGACGUCCUGGCUGAUCCCGAGGGCGGCAACUACGCAAAACCACUCAUCAGGGCGUUCGCCGGGCUGCCCUAUAACACGGGGCCCGAGUUCCAAACGCCCUCGACCAAGGUCUUGCACAUUCCCGAUCUCGAUAUCAACACCGUCUGCACGACAUUCACGGCCUGCCUCCGCGUCAUCAAGUCCUUUUUGGACGCCAAUCCGUGGGCGGUGCCCAUCCCCAUCAUGACCGAGUUCAAGACGGCCAUGGCCCUGGGGCAGUCGCAAGGCGGCGCCAAAGUCAUUCCCUGGGACAAUGCCACGCUGCUGGACGGGCUGGACGCCGAGAUCCGCUCCGUCUUCACAAGCAGGCAGCUCAUCACGCCGGACGACAUUCGCCGGCCCGGCAUGACGCUCGAGGAGUCUGUCCUCAAGUACGGCUGGCCGGAUCUGGAUUCAGCAAGAGGCAGGGUCUUGUUCCUCAUGGACAACGGGCCCGAAGACCCCGUCAACGAAAAGUACAUCGAGGGAAGGCCAAACUUGGAAGGCAGAGUAUUGUUUACGAAUUCCGCACCGGGGAGGGCAGACUGCGCUUUUCAAAAGCUGAACGAUCCCGUGACGGAUGCGUACAUCCAGAAUGUGCAGGAGCAGGUCAAGGCGAACUACCUGGUGCGAGCACUGGCCGAUUCGGCGCUGAGCACGGUGCGAGACUGCAGCACGAUCCAGCGCGACGGGGCGUUCAAGUCCGGCGCGCACAUUGUUUCUACGGAUUUCCCGGUGGCGGGCAUGAGCGAGCGGUACGGCGGGUGCGAGUAUGUCGUUGAGCUUGGGGACGGCAAGGUGGCACGGUGUAAUCCUGUCAACGGGCCGAGAGGGUGCGUUGACGAGGAGCUGGAGUGA